UGCAUAACAUGCACUGCAUGCACAAAUCUCUCCCGCAUAACAUGACAGUGUAGAGACGGAAACAUAUCCAAGCGAAUAUACCGACUACAAACUUCGUUAAAAUUUGUUACUUUUAAGGUUGCGGAAUAAGUUCAAAUAAUGACGACAACGUUACCAUCAUUAGAAGCCCUUCUUGGGAAGGAAAAGAAGAGCAAUGUCUCAUUUGGAACAACGGCCCACAGACCUCUCUUUCCCGCCAGCUUACCAGUAAACAGGAUAGGGAAUGGGAUGGCUCUAGACACAAAACCAAACAGAGGACCUGGUUCUUAUGAUAAUGCUGAGAAAACUACAUCUAUGUAUGAUGUAGACAACCAGGUAACAAGCAAGAAGGGCUAUACAAUGGGAGCCAGGACAGGACCAAGGAUAAGAACAGAAUUUCAAACAAAAACACCAUGUCCUUCUGCCUACCAAAAACAAUGGUCCGCGCCAAAGACCUUUGACACUUCCAAUAAACCGUUUGAAGUUGGAGCAAACAGGUUCUACAGAAACACAGUCGAUCCUGAACUCACACCAGGGGCUGGAACUUACGAACACAAUGUGCCAAGGAACAGGAAAGUAGCUUACCACGGAACAUUCGGAGGUCCACAGCUGCUCAAGAUCCCGCCGACAGACGGCUACCUCAUGCCGGAAGACUGCAAAGGAACGACGCAAAAGAGCCGCCUCAUGACGUACAAAGAGAAGAGGAAAUUCGCGAUCCGCGAGGCUUACCUCAGUUUGUACUUUUGAGGAUGCGACAGCUUAUUUUUAUGGGCAAUUAAAAGACACUUUAGUUCACUUUGAGGAGCUGCAAUAUUCUGAACAAUGUAAUUUUCAACGUGUAUUUUUGAGCUGUUCUUCAUGAGAAAUCAUCUUUUUCUUCUGUGAUUUGUUUUUUUUCUCACAAAUAGUGGAGUUUUUUACAUGAACUUCUAUCUCACUUUGUGACCAUCAUGUUAUAUCAUCUCUUAAAUUGUUAUUGAAUCCAUUAUUUUCAUGUAGUAAUAUAGAGGUUGAAAAAAAUUCAGUAAUUUGUUUCAAAUCUCGUUUGCUCUCAAUCACUUCCAAUUCCUCUCUCUUUCCCCUCUUUCCUUAUCUAAGAUCACAGAGAAAAAAUCCUUUCCAUACUUGAUACGUUAUAUGUACUCAAAUAAUAAUGCCAUGCUGAAAUGUACCUCACAAUGAGAAAAAUUUGUAAAUAUUGUACAAAUAUUAAAUGUUAAUAAAUGUUAUUGAACUCAACAAAACAAGAAAUGAUUGCAGUUUGUUCUUUUUAGUUUUACUCUAGUGUUAUUUAUUUCCUGAAAUAGUUUGCUGUUUCGUUCCAAAUCCUACAAAGAUAAUUAGGAGCCUUGAUCAAAUAAUAGAUAAAUUGAAGACACAUAAUACAGGUGUAUGUACAUAUGAAAAGUCGUGUAGAACACAUCAUUACAACAAACGGACAUCACCAACUAAGACUUAAAACCUAAGACUUGUUUGAGAAGAAAAUCUACUUCUAGGCCCUGAUUCACAAAACUUGUUAUCAACAACUAAUACCCAAUUUCUAUGAGAAAUUUGCUCUCAGCCAAUCAAAUGCCACCAUUUCAGUAGCUUAUAACAGUUAUUGUAACUUGUUAUUGAUAACAAGUCUUGUGAAACAGGGGCCUGGUAUUCUUUUAGAUCCAUCAGGAUAACGUUUAUGAUGAGGAAUCAUAAUACAAGUAGCAAAGAGGGGCAAUGAUGUCAUUCAGGAGGGGUAAUACUUCCUCAUAUUCAUGGCUUUUAAACACAAACCGGUAAUUGAAUUGAACAUUGUUUUGAAUAAUCUCAACCUAAAAUUUAUUUGCAUUCUUUUUCAAAAGAAGUACCGGUAUGCACACUUUAUCACAAUGAUAUUGGAGUCUUCAAAAAGGCAAUUCCUAAUAGCCUUUCAAAAAAAGACAUUGCCGCCACGAGGAAGCAUUAAAU